CCAUCAAAUCACAAUCGCCGACGUUACCAGUAGCCUUCAGCCAUGCAGGACUCAGCACAGCAGGCAGUGGCCGUGAGCCUCUCGGAGCUCGAGCAAGGGGUUGUGUCUUUCGAUAGCCUUGAGGAUGCCUUUGGGCCCUCAUCGUUAGGGAUUAUCGUGGUAAAACAUCUUCCGACGAAAUUUGCGGAGUUGCGGGCGAAGUUGCUGUCGUACGCUUCAUAUUUGGCGAAUUUACCAGCCGAAGAAUUGUCGAAGCUUGAAUCCCCACAAUCCCACUAUCUCGUCGGCUGGUCCUGCGGAAAGGAGACGCUCAAAGACGGCAAAUAUGACACGCUGAAGGGAUCCUACUACGUGAACUGUGCUUCCGGCUUCGAUACUGCGCGCGCUGAUCUGGAGAAGAAAUUCCCAGGGUUCCCCGAGUACACCGCGCCAAAUGUCUGGCCAUCGGAAGCAAUCCUCGAAGCUUUCGAGGCGACCUUUCACGAACUGUGCGACUUGAUUAUCGACGUCGCCGUGCUGGUCGCCCGCGCUUGUGACCAAUAUGCCGAAGCGAAGAUCGAUGGGUAUAAAAAGGGAUACCUGGCGCACGUCGUGAAAACGAGCGUUAGCACCAAGGCACGGUUACUGCACUACUUCCCUCCUUCAUCUUCCAGCGGUGCGAACACCGGAGACGUCACAGGCAACGACGAAGACGACUGGUGCGCCACCCACCUCGACCAUGGCUGCCUCACCGGCCUCACCUCCGCCAUGUUCAUCGACGAAUCCGCCAGCCCACCCACCCUCUCCCCCAGCAGCGCCGUUCCCGUCCUCCCUGAACUUCCCGCUUCCCCCGACCCCCGCGCGGGGCUGUACAUCCGCUCUCGCACGGGGCAGACGACAAAAGUCGGAAUCCCGCGCGAUUGUCUGGCGUUCCAGACGGGCGAGGCGCUGGAGCGGAUCACGAAGGGGAAGUUUCGAGCGGUGCCGCAUUUUGUGAGGGGGGCGGCGCUGGGGAAGGGGGCGGGAGGGGAGGGGAUGGCGAGGGUGGCGAGGAAUACGUUGGCGGUGUUUACGCAGCCGAAUUUGGAGGAGGAGGUGGAUGAGGGGGUAACGUUUGCGCAAUUUGCGAGGGAGAUUGUGGAGAGGAAUCAUUGAGGGCACAGACAAAACAUUUACCUCUACAGGAUGAGCGUAUGUUCAAUCGAUGACGAUGUUUGAUUGGUGGGGAGUGACCUUUGUCCUGAAAGGAGCUACAUGGUUCUAAGUUUCUCUCUUUGAAUGCAGGAACGCUGCCUAGAUAAAGGGUAUGCCACUCAGGAUAUCUAUUCUCGUCUAAUCGUGUUCAUAACCAAGACCUGUACGCCGGGUCCGUAAUCGGCAAUGCCGACAAAAUAUCCGCUAGAUGCACGGGAUGCGUGCCGAGAUUCCAUUCCGCCGUGAUCUUGUUCUGGUAUCAGAAGCCCAAU